AUGACCCUCAGAGCUACUUCUCCGAAACUCGUCGUCACUAGUCAGUUCGCGCCGUUCUUCAGCUCCCUCAGUGUCAAAGAUUGCUGGGACGCUAUGGGCCCAGUCGUAACUGCGAACCUUCACACAACUAUCGAACAAUGUACCAAACCGGGCACUCGCGAGCAUCGCAAGGCUCUGUACAGGCACGACAACCCGCACGGAAAUCUUUUCACGCUCUCUUUUGGACUUUCUGAAGCCGAGAGAUUCCCCUACGUCGUCCGACUGAUCGAGUUUUUGUGUAUCAUCGACGAUGUCCUAGAAGACCUCCCGCACGGAGAAGCCUUGGUAGAACACGACAUCCUCUGCAACGCCCUUCGCAAUGAAGCAGUCCCCACUACAAAAUUUACAGCGAACACCCGCCCGGAGUGGAUCAAAUUCCUCCGGGACAUCAAGGUCGAGAUGCUAGCCGUAGAUCCUAUCCGAAGUCCAUGUCUGCUCUUGGCGCUCGAAGAGACUCUUCGUACUCGUGAGAGCAGUGAUGUCGAAUUCGAUACUAUCGAGCAGUAUCUGCCUUACCGUCUCAUUAACUUCGACUAUGAGUUCGUAGCUCAACUCAUCCUAUGGGCUAUGGACAUCGACCUCUCACCCGAAGAAGCCGAUUCGACCCUCCUCAGAAAGUUCAAAUACUCAAUCGGAGUUAUCGCAGGACUCGCCAACGAUUACUUCUCCUGGGAAAGAGAAAAACGUCAACUAACGGACUCGGCCACAGACCGAAUCAGAAACGGUGUAGCCGUCCUCAUGAAAGAGCACAACCACCUUUCAGAUCAAGACGCGAAGGCGGCUGUUAAGGAUUUAAUUGUCCGGGAAGAGGAGAAGAUACGUGCGGUGUUGGAUGGAAACUCGAGCUCUCAGGUGGCGUUGUCGUAUCCGAUGAGUAGGUACCUUGAGGGGUUGGAGAUGUUUGCUGGGGGGUAUAGUUUUUGGUGUGCGACGUGUCCGAGGUACCACAAGCCCCAGGGUGACGAGUGA